AUGUCAGUUUCUAAUGAUAGCACAGUUAAGGAUUUGCUUAUAUAUCAGCAAAUAUUCCUGCUUGCAAUGACUGAAGGCAAAAUAUCAAAAGUCAUAUUUUCAAUAUUAAUGUCUCUGUUCUUCAUCUAUUUAAAUGCUAUCAUGGUCUAUACUAUUUGGAGUAAGCCUGUUUUUAAAGUGACACCACGCUACAUUCUGUUUAACCACAUGCUUUUCAAUGACUUGAUACAUCUCAUUUUUUCCUCUUUGUUGUAUAUUUUAGUUCUGGCCUCUCUCAAGUUAGUCAUGGCUGCUUGUACUGUUUUAGUUUUUGUUUCAGGCACAACUUUCUAUAACGCACCUUUAAUCCUGGCUGUGAUGUCACUAGAGCGUUAUGUGGCUAUAAACUUUCCUCUAAGACAUGCUGAAAUAGCCACUCAGAAAAGAACUUAUAUUGCUAUUGGAAUUAUUUGGUAUAUGAGUAUGAUGCACUUCAUAAUUGACUUGCUUUAUGUAUUAUUGACUGAUCCUACAGUUUUUUCAUCGCAAAUAUUUUGCACAAGAGAAAAACUCUUCAUAAAGCAAUGGCAAGUAAAUCUUCAACAGGGCCUCAACAUAUUCUUCUUUGUGUCAGUGUCUGUGAUCAUCCUUUUCACUUAUAUUACAAUUUUGAUCACAGCCAGGUCCAUUUCCACGAAUAAAGCCUCUGCUGUAAAAGCUCACAAGACUGUGCUGCUGCACAUCAUUCAGCUGGGCCUGUGCCUUACUUCAUUUCUUUAUAGCUCCAUAGAGCGAGCUGCAGCAAUGACCAGCACCAGCAGCAGUCUUUUUGCAGAUCUGCGUUAUCUAAACUAUUUGUUUGUGCUGAUCUUGCCACGCUGCUUAAGCCCACUCAUCUAUGGACUGAGGGAUGAUGCUGUAAGACCUUUAUUUAUCUACUAUUUUUGCUGUGCAAGAGGCAAACGCAGGUCCACUGUCAAUGUACACUGA